CAGUAUUGACGUUAAGAUUAUAGGUUAUGUUAUUUAUUCAUAAUUAAUACAUAGAUUGAGUUAAGCAAGAAAUACAAAAUAAUUUAAGUAUUUAAAAUAUCAGAUAUCUAAAAUGUUGCUCAGCAGGUUGCGAUUUAGGGCAGAAUUCCGGAUACUUACUCGUUGCUUAUCAGAAAAGCCUCCUGAACACGAUGCAAAGAUUCCCGAAAUAAAAUCGAAAAACAAUGAGUCCAAAGAUGAUUCAAGUACUGAGAAAAUUCAGGCGCUCUUAAAACAAAUGUUGGCUGAACCAAGAAUAUCUCAAAAAGAAUACAGCGAAAAGUUUACAGUCGCACCUGAAAGGAAGAAACGUGAACCUGAUGUGAUAGAAUCUAACACAGAACAAAUAGAAGAGAAUAUAACUAAAGCAGCAGGGGAUGUGGCUCAAGCAAUUGGUGGUGAUGUAAAGCAAACUGAAGCAGAAUUGCUGUCGAGAGUACUCGGAAAGAUAAACCAGACAUCAACAACAUUAAGUGAUCUUCUAGUGGGCAUGAAGGUGGACCGGACCAAGGAAAGUGCAAAGGAAGCAAUGCCGGAAACAAGAGGUCAGCAAGUGAAGCGAAUGGUCAGUAAAGCAGCACAGAGCAAACCACAAAAACAAUAUGAGAGAAGACAACCUGCAGAUGGCGAAUGGAGAAUGCAGAGGAAAGAAACAGCAACACCAAUCAGUAUCAACAUUUUUAGUGGGGAGCCAUUAGGUAUUUUCAAACCCAGUGAAGCAAACUAUGGUACAAAAUUGGAUGUAUGGGAACAACUAAAUCAAAGAGAACUGACCCUAGCCACUUCUCAACCACCAGCUAAUUAUUUUGAGAAGAUGAUACUGUGGACUGAACAAGGCAAAGUCUGGAAGUUUCCCAUUAAUAAUGAACAAGGAAUGGAGGAAGAGGAAAAUGUACAUUUCUCUGAACAUGUGUUCUUAGAGACCCACUUGGAAGGCUGGUGUCCUACCCGAGGUCCCAUCAGACAUUUCAUGGAGCUAGUGUGUGUGGGUCUCUCCAAGAAUGCCUUCUACACAGUACAAGAGAAGAAAGACCAUAUAAUGUGGUAUAAGGAAUACUUCGAAUCAAAGAAGGACUUAUUAAACGAAGUUGGGGUAUGGGAUGUAAAGCCAACGCCUGAAUUGUCGGCGCAGUGAUUUAGUUGAAAUAUAUUUAUUAGGUUGU